AUGUUUUCACACGCUUGCUUCUUCAACACCAAUAAGGACUCAGGAGACUUCUUGGUCUUCAGAAACGAGAUCAAUUCUUUUGAGAACCCUAAUGAAGUAAUCACCAGACGCAGUCAAGUUAAAAUUAGCUUCUCCUGCCAGUACCCCAAAGUUGCCAGUGUUUCCAACCACUACAUCAACAAAAAGUCUGACUACAUCUUCACUGAAUCCAGUUUUGGCACUUUUGGUUACUCGUUUGAUAUUUUUACUAACAAUAACUUCAGCAGCCGAGUAGAUCCCAGUCUGUAUCCACUGGAGAUAAAUUUGAUGGAUGUGCUCUACAUGGGUAUUGCAGCUCAUUCUGCUCUCCCUGAGGUCCGGCUCUUUGUGGAGUCUUGCAGGGCCACUCCAGAUGACAACCCAUAUGGUGCCAUAUUUUAUGACAUCAUCAAAGAAGGGUGUAUUAUGGAUGACACAGUUGAGGUUUAUCAAAGUGAUUCAAGAACGUAUGACUUUGGGAUCCAGGCUUUCAAGUUCACAGGCGGCUACAGUGAGGUGUACAUUACCUGCUCUGUCAUUCUGUGUGCGGAAGGAAGUUCAAACUCAAGAUGCGCCCAAGGCUGCCUCCGAGAAUCCGCACACAAACGCAGACGAGACGUGAGCAAGGAAACCGCCAGGCAUUACAUCACACAGGGUCCCUUCCGUUUGGCAAGACAAACUCAGCAUUCAGCAGCAGCUUCAGAAAAUGGUGGUUCUCUUCAUAUCAGUGCAGGCACUGGGGUCUUCGCAGGACUCUUCAUAGUCUCCAUUGUGGUGCUGGUGGGAUUGUUGGUGUAUAAUGCCAAAAAAACAAGAGCACCUGACCGCAUGUAUCUGAUGUCCAGCUUCUAAAAUAUAUGUAUUUUUUUUCAAUCCAGAUAACUAAAUGAAUUUUCAGUUUUCUUUUUAUGAAUUUUCCUAAUGCAAAAUCUAAUGUAGAUUAGAUUUUUUUUAGUAUUCAAAACUGUUGAAUUUGUAUUGAUUUUGUGUGUACAAAGGUAAAGACUUGUAGAACUGCUUAACACAAGUAAAUUGUUAGUUUAGAACAAUAAAUAGCAUUUUUAGCAGCGUACAUAACAUUGAAUAUUACCCUAAUUAAUUUACCUUAUUAUACCCUAUUUUAAGUAUAUUGCCUUUUAUUCUUUUCCACCUUUUUUCUUCUUCACUUACGUAAAGUUAAACAGUGAUGAGGGUGAGAAAAAAUGUCAAAAAUAACUGUUACCUCAGUAAAAAAUUGUACUGUAGAUGAAUAAAGUAAAAUGACUCUCUUAUUUCAG